AUGCAUCUGGUCUUUCUUUCUUUCUUUCUUUCUUUCUUUCUUUCUUUCUUUCUUUCUUUCUUUCUUUCUUUCCUUUCAUGCGCUUCUUUUCCCUUCCUUUUUCUCUCAUGUUAUUCUUCUCCCUUCUUUUCAAAUACAUCAAUUUCUUUCAUUGUUUUCCUUCUCAUAUUUCUUCUUUUUUGCUGUAACUCUUUCUUUCCUAUUAUUUCCUACUUCAUGUCUCAUUCUUAUUUUUUCUACUUCGUUUUCAUUAUUCUAUUCUUUCUGUCUUUCUUUCUUUCUUUCUUUCUUUCUUUCUUUCUUUCUUUCUUUCUUUCUUUCUUUCUUUCUUUCUUUCUUUCUUUCUUUCUUUCUUUCUGUCUUUCUUUCUUUCCAUGUGCUUCUUUGUCUUUCCUUUUUUCUCUCAUAUUUUUCUUCUAUAUUCUUCUAUCUUUUCGAAUACUUCAUCUUCUUUCGUUGUUUUUCAUUCUUCUGCCUUCUUUUCUAUUACUUCCUCCUUCUCUCUUCUCUCGUGAUUUGUGGUUCUUCUCUAUUCUCUCGUGCUUCCUUUCUUUCUCUCAUAUGUCCACUUUCUCUUUCUCCCUUAAUCUUUCUUUUUUCUUCCUUCUCUUCUAA